GCUAGAGUAGUCGGAAUCAAGCAUGGCGGCUGCAGGGGCUGCAGCUUCAGACCUAGAGGUGGUCCGAGGCAAGCGCGCCGCUCUCUUCUUCGCGGCGGUGGCCAUCGUGCUGGGGCUGCCGCUCUGGUGGAAGACCACGGAGACCUACCGGGCCCCGUUGCCUUACUCCGAGAUCAGUUUGCUGAAUUCCCUGCGGCUCCGGCUCCGGGUGCCUGUCACAGUCGUGUUUACUCGAGAUUCACUGGCGUUGGACGAUGCAGUGAAGCUGCCCUUCACCGUUGUGUAUGAGAGAGAAAUCCCUCUGAAAUACAAAAUGAAAAUUAAGUGCCGUUUUCAGAAGGACUAUCGGAUGGCUUUGGACCAUGAGGAAGAGGCCCUGUCCUUGAGCAGUGUGCAAGAGGCAGAAGCUGUGUUAACCAAGUCGCAGGAGCAAGUAGUGGGCUCCCUGAAUGUGUACGUGAUCUCUGAACGCGCCUCACUCCUCCCCCAGGACAUGAUGAGCUACAUUGGGCCUAACAGGACAGCAUUCAUGAGGGGAAUAAUACACCGGCAGGCUUUUAACAUCAUUGGGCGCCGCAUAGUCCAGAUAGCCCAGGCCAUGUCUUUGAAUGAGGAUGUGCUUGCUGCAGCCCUGGCUGACCACCUUCCGGAGGACAAGUGGAGCUCCGAUAAGAGGCGGCCUCUCAAGUCCAGCUUGGGCUAUGAGAUCACCUUCAGUUUACUCAACCCAGACCCCAAGUCCCACGACGUGCACUGGGACAUCGAGGGAGCCGUCCGGCGCUACGUGCAGCCCUUUCUGAAUGCCCUCAGUGCUGCCGGCAACUUCUCUGUGGACUCUCAGAUCCUUUACUAUGCGGCGUUGGGGGUGAACCCCCGCUUCGACCCAGCUUCCUCCGCUUACUACUUGGCCGCACACAACCUCCCCCAUGUCAUCAACCCAGUGGAGUCCCGCCUAGGAUCCAGUGCCGCCUCCCUUUACCCUGUGCUCAACUUCCUACUCUAUGUGCCCGAGCUUGCCCACGCCCCCUUGUACAUUCAGGACAAGGAUGGGGCUCCGGUGGCCACCAACGCCUUCCACAGUCCCCGCUGGGGUGGCAUUAUGGUGUACAAUGUGGACCCGAAAGCCUACAAUGCCUCGGAGCUGCCCGUGCGAGUUGAGGUGGACAUGGAGCGAGUGAUGGAGGUGUUCCUGGCUCAGCUGCGGCUGCUCUUCGGGAUUUCUCAGCCCAAGUUGCCUCCAAAAUGCCUGUUUUCAGGGCCUAAGAGCGAAGGGCUAAUGACUUGGGAGGUAGAUCGGCUGCUGUGGGCUCGGUCAGUGGAGAACCUGGCCACAGCCACCACCACUCUCACUUCCCUGGCCCAGCUUCUGGGCAAGAUCAGCAACAUUGUCAUUAAGGACAAUGUGGCAUCCGAGGUGUACAGGGCUGUAGAUGCGGUCUAUGAGUCAGCAUUGGAGUUGACCUCCGGGCACCUGGCCUCUGCCUUCGUCGCCAGCCGGGAAGCUGUGACAUCUUCGGAGCGUGCCUUUUUUGAUCCCUCACUGCUCCACCUCCUCUAUUUCCCCGAUGAUCAGAAGUUUGCCAUCUACAUCCCGCUGUUCCUGCCUAUGGCUGUGCCCAUCGUCAUCUCUCUGGUCAAGAUCUUCCUGGAGAUCCACGAGUCCUGGAAAAAGCCUGUGAGGAUAGACUGAGCAGGGCAGCGUCUCAGUAGGAAGCCUUCCCUUCUGGCCAGGGCGGGAGAUGCUAGAUUGAGAGGCACAUCAACGGGGCCUGCCGUGAAUGACCUAUGUCCAGCCACCAAGUGUAAUAAUCCAUUCUUCUGGCUCAGAUGUCCCACCCCCAUCCUCAAGAGAUGUGUCAUCUUGGUCUCCUUCUUUGGCUGAACUAGAAGGCCCUUUACCUCUGGGGCAGAGGCAGCUUGUGCUUCUGCCCUGUUCCUCAGCCCUUUUGCACUGGGAGGGGACAUCAGGGGAAAGCCCGGAUGGUUUUCUAGCCCCUUCCUCUCCAUGCUUCUUUCUGUCCCUCAGAGAGAGCCCAGCACUGCUCUCGUGGAAGGGCCAGGCACAGGUCACCUCUGGGGGUGCCUCCCGUGCUCCCCUCCCUCCUGGCUGCUUACACCUGUUGAGUACAGCCUUGUGCUGUGUAUGGCAGAGGUUCCCUUCACCCUUUCAUAGAGGCUUAGGAUCAAACAUGCCUGAAUUCAAACCCUGGCUUCUGCACUUACCAUCUGGGGGGCUCUGAAUAAGCUACUUAAUCUCCCUGAGCCUCAGUUUUUCAUAUGUUGAACACCAGUGAUACCUCCCUUACCAGGUGGUUGUGAGGAUUAAAUGUGAUACGCAUUUGAAAGUGGCAUAUUCUAGGCUCUCAAUAAAUAUUGACUGAAUUGGAAUGACA